ACUGUGCAUAAAGCUGGAAUGAACCUGUGCCACGGGCAGCGGAGAAGACUGAAGACUUGAUUCACUGGCAAAUAGGAGACGAUAGAUAGAAAAAAAGGGGCAGGAGAGAAGACGCACACACACUCUCACACUCUCGCCUUGACUGAGAGAGCAGAAGCUGAAGGAGGGACCUACAGCACCAGCCUCUCACACUCAGACAGACACGCAACUCCACACACUCUUUGAAUCAAGCUGCUAACUUUGUCUCGGCGUCAGCAGCAUCUCACAGACGGACGGCAGGCACACAGGAGCAGACAUCUCCCCCCGUUACGUCUCUUCAAUGAUGAUGAUCCCUUUGGUGGUUCUGUUCUCUGGGAUGGCUGGACUUGGGGCCAGUGCGGUGUUUACCCAGCAGCCCACAGACCUGGUGGUGGUGGCGGGUCAGCCAGUGACCCUGCCCUGCUCCAUCCCUGGGUACCACGGCAUGGUGCUCUGGCUCCGAGACGGCAUGGCCCUGGGAGUCAACAGGGACCUCUCAGGCUACCCACGCUAUGACAUCGUGGGAGACCACAGCAAGGGUGAAUACCACCUCUUGAUUCAGAGAACCGAAAUGCAGGAUGACGCCUUCUUCGAAUGCCAGGCCAUCCAGGCAGCUAUCAGAACACGCCCCGCCCGACUAACUGUGCUCGUUCCCCCUGAAGACCCUGUGAUUGUGGGGGCCCCCGUGGUAAGCCUAAGGGCCGGCGACCCCCUCAACCUGACAUGCCACGCCGACAAUUCCAAGCCUGCUGCCUCGAUCAUCUGGAUCCGCAACGGGCAGGUCCUGAAUGGCGCCAUGUACUCUAAGACACUGUUGCGGGAUGGGCGAAGGGAGAGCACGGUCAGCACACUCUACCUCUCUGCCUCCAACAUCGAGACAGGCCAACGGAUCACAUGUCGGGCCUCAAACAAGGCAGCGCCCAAUGGGAAAGAUGCCAUCGUUACCAUCGAUAUCCAACACCUGCCUCUUGUCAACCUAUCUGUGGAGCCCCAGCCCAUACUGGAGGGCAACCUGGUGAAGUUCCACUGCUCUGCCAAGGCUAACCCACCCGUCAUCCACUACAGGUGGGCCAAAGGGGGCAGCAUCAUCAGAGAGGUGUCAGGUGACACCUAUGAGGUCAUUGUGGACCAUUCCUUCUUCACUGAGCCUGUCUCCUGUGAGGUCACCAAUGCCCUGGGCAGCACCAACAUCAGCAGGAACGUGGACGUCUACUUUGGGCCCAGAAUGGCUGCUGAGCCACAGUCCCUACAGGUGGACCAGGGAUCAGACGCUAUCUUCAACUGUGCCUGGACAGGAAACCCCUCCCUCACCAUCGUAUGGAUGAAACGCGGCUCUGGAGUGGUGCUUAGCAACGAGAACAUCCUGACGCUCAAGGCGGUGAGGCAGGAGGAUGCUGGGAAGUACGUAUGCCGGGCGGUGGUCCCCCGAGUUGGAGCUGGAGAGAAGGAAGUGUCGCUUACUGUGAAUGGUCCUCCCACUAUCUCCAGCACCCAGACGCAGCAAGCCCUCUACGGGGAGAAGGGGCAGAUCAAGUGUUUCAUCCGCAGCACUCCUCCUCCCGACCGCAUUGCCUGGUCGUGGAAGGAGACAGUCUUGGAGUCGGGGACGUCUGGCCGAUACACGGUGGAGACAGUGAGCACUGAUGAGGGGGUAAUCUCAACCCUCUCCAUGAGUAACAUCGUCCCUGCUGACUUCCAGACCAUCUAUAACUGCACCGCCUGGAACAGCUUUGGGUCCGACACAGAGAUAAUUCGACUGAAGGAACAAGAGUCCCUCCGAUUGGCUGUCAUCAUAGGAGUGGCUGUGGGGGCAUUCCUCGCCCUCAUUGUCCUCAUGGGCACAUUGGGUGCCUUCUGCUGUGCCCGCUUCCAAAGGAAAGAAGUUCACCUCGUCAUGUCCUCCUUACCCGUCUCCAUCUCCUCUCGCCAGAGAGACCUGGCAGGCAAAAUUAAAACAGAGAAUCUCAAAGGAGUGGUUUUGGCAAAAAACGACAUCCGGGUGGAGAUUGUUCACAAAGAUCACAACACAGUGCGGGAAACAGAGGAGCACACAGCCAUCAAGCAGAUGAUGAUUGAGCGCGGGGAGUUCCAGGCGCAGGAGUCUGUGCUGAAGCAGCUGGAGGUCCUACAAGAGGAAGAGAAGGAUUUCCAGCACAUUAAGGAUCCAACAAACGGCUAUUACAGUGUCAAUACCUUCAAGGACCACCAUGGCACCCCGACUAUGUCAAUGGCAGCCAACCAGACCGGCGGCGCGGAGGUCCGGAACCCUUCGGCUUCUUCUUCAGCCACCAUGGGCAAGCAACGUGUGCCCACGGGCAUGUCCUUCACCAACAUCUACAGCACGCUAGGUGCCGGGCCCAACCGCCUGUACGACUACAGCCAGCGCUUCGUGCUGGGCAUGGGCAGUAGCUCCAUCGAGCUGUGCGAGCGUGAGUUCCAGCGGGGCUCGCUCAGCGACUCCAGCUCCUUCAUCGACACACAGUGUGACAGCAGCGUGAGCAGCUACAGCAAGCAGGACGGCUACGUGCAGUUCGACAAGGACAGCAAGGCCUCGGCCGCCUCCUCCUCCUCCCACUACUCGCAGUCGUCCUCGCAGAACUCGGACCUGACGCGGCCACUGCAGAAACGCAUGCAGACCCAUGUGUAAUGGCAGAAGGAGGUAUGGAUGGAUCUGACAGGAUGGGUCGAGGAUAGCACCUUUGGACACUCUGAGGAACACUGCCUGACUGGUGUACAGUGCUAUAUUUUUUGGUUUGUACCCUGGUCCUGUCCUAAUACGGACACUGUACGUACCACACUUUUUACAGACACACAGUACAUGUUCUUUGGAUUACAUGGUAUACACUGUAUUCCCCUUGAAACAAGGUCAUCAAACAAACAACAUCACAAUAACAUCAUAACCUUGAGAGCCACAAUUGGUGGAAAAAAGAUAACAAUGAAAAGUCCACUUUCUCAAUGAACAAUGUUCUGCUGUUGACCCCUAUUCUGUUUUUACUAGUGGACUGCCUCCAAACAUGCAGAUGUAGGCAUUAUUCACACAUCUGUGUGGAAUAAUUCCAGAAUUGUAAAAAAGUUGCUGUUUAUCAUCUAAAAAAAUACAAACUGUUGGGACUAUGUUCAGCUGCCCGGUUGGAGUUUGAAGCACAAAGGGGUAUUGUUAAAAACUGCCAGAGGCAUUUCUUGUAUCUGCGGGAGAAAAAAAACCUUAGCUGGAUAAUAAAACCUCUGAGGAAAGAUGGAGGGAGCGGCAGGCUAUGAAAUAAAAAGGAACACCUUGCCAACUGACCGAAGGACUGACUUGCAGGUCUAAUAUCUCUACACCUGGACUACUUUAAUACUAAAGGUUAUCUAAGUAUAUUCUAUAUUUUGCUCCUUUACUUUGAACUAACGGAGAUGUUUUGGCUUUUUGAUGUAUGCCUUGUGAAAGUUUAUUACUGAGUCACAGAUCCCAGAUAAAUGCAUGGAGAAGUGUACUGUAGAAUACUGUUGUACUACUUCACUUGACCUGGAGUUUCAAAUGCUUUGUUCACUCAAAAACCGUUGGUUUCUUCUGAAAGGACAGCGUCAUGUUUACAUGUCAGUGAAAGGGUCAAGGACCUUAACAUCUGUACUUUUCCAUUCAAUGUGUGACACUUGCAGCUUGAUCGUGUGUGUGUGAGCAAAUAGCUGUGGAGCCAAGUACAGUGUUAUUGCUGCCGGAGCUGUUCUCAUUUUCGUGGCUUGCCAUACUUAGCUGAUAUUGUGUUGUUUACACUGGAGCUCUGUAAAUCCAGCAAUUUUGUGUACUGUGAUUUGACCACUGAAUGACAGGGAUAAAGAUAAAAUUACUUUUUUCUGUCUGUGGCCUCUGUGGUUACAAUGACUCGGUGCCCACCGUUUUAAGUGACACAUUGUUCUGUCUCAAAUGGUACUAUUUAGCUUGAAAAGUGAUGAUUAUGUGGUUCUGCUUAAGAGUAAACACUGAAGGUGGUUAGCAAACCAAAUAGUUAAUAUUAACUAUAGUAGGACCUUAAAGAUAUGAACUCGGAGUCAUCGGGAAUGGAGGUUGUUCGGAACAUAGAAAUGUCUGUAACUUUGAAUUUCACUUAAAAACGCAUCCAACCUUUUUAUAUAUAUAUUUAUUGCAUAUUUAGACGUGUUUUCUUUUACAUAUCCCAGUUUGAUAUUGCCAGUUCAGUUGAGCGAUCAAUCUGUAACAUUAAGGUUUGUGUCUGUGAGGUCCUACUGUACUAUUACUUCAUUAGAGAAUUACUAUUGGUCAAUAUAACUCAAUAUGAUAUAAACUAACUCAGGGCCUGUAUGUUUCAGUGCACUAUCAAUAUGAGCAUCCUCACAGUGAAGCAUUGGUUCAUACAACAAACAAUCAACCAGGGAUCUUUAUACUUCUCUCACCAGAUGACUCAGUUGGAUAAAACUUUCCAAUCAUUAAUAAGGCAUUUGUUGAUUAUCUAAUUGCAAAUCAUUACCCCAAUAUAAACAAUCAUCAGUAUGUCAUUUAUAAACCAAAUGUCUUCCCAAUGUAUUUUAAUAUUUGAAUGCAACCUCCAUCCAUUCCCUGCCUGUUUGGUAAUGACCAGCUCCACCAUUCAUAAUGACUGAUUAUCAUAUGCCUUAUGACAGAGAGGUGGCUUUCCUUAUAUAGACACCAUAGAUGUGACUUUGUAUAAUAACUAUACAGUAAGCAGAGAAAUUAAGUGAUCUAUGGUUUAUUGUCGUAUUACAGAGUAUGUUGUCCAUCAUUAAAGAGCCUCAGUCUCAGCAAGUCCUGCUGAGAUUCAAACAAGUCCCGCUGAGACUGAUGCUGUCCUAAUAUGGACAACCUACAUUGGUACCAUUUUAGAGUUCAUUUGAAUCCAGGAAAGGAGGAUCGUUGGUCGGGGGUGAAGGAUAGGCUUACAACACGAAUGUCUAGCAACCCAAAGGUUGCGUGUUUGAAUCUCAUCAUUGAAAACUUUAAGAUUUUAGCUAGUUAGCAACUUUGCAAUUACUUACUACUUUUUAGCUACUUUGCAACUACUUAGCAUGUAAGCUAACCCUAACCCUAACCUUAACCGUUUAA